UAAUUCAUUUUAAAGAUUUUAUAUAACAAUAAUGAAUAAUUUCAAUCAUUAAAUAAUUUUGAAAAACAAUUCUCAUGCCGGUCCGUCAGCCCGGUCCAUCCACUAGACCCACGAACCGACAGAACCGCUUGAUUUUUCAGCCCGCAGACCAGCCCGCACAACCCAUGAAUUUCACGGUCCGAUCUUGGGCCGUGAAAUCUCACCCCAGCCCACUACGACCCACGAUCCUGCCCGCACCAGUGGCCAUCACUAAUAGAGACUAUAUUAAAUGCUGGUAAUCAAUCUCAAACUGAACAAAGCCAACAAUCAGAAGCUGAACAAAGCCAACAAUCAGAAGCUGAACAAAGCCAAUAGCCUGAAACUUAACAAAGCCAAUAACCUAAAACUAAACAAAGCCAAAUAAAUCAUUCUUCUGAAAACUUUGAACAAUUGAACCCUGAUGAGUAUUUUGCUUGGUAUGUUCCAAGAGGUGAGGAACCUAUAGAUUGGGAUGAGUUUUUUCAAGGGUGUGAGCCUGAUUAUGAUGACAUAGAUCCAAAAGAUGCUGAAUUUAUUCCUGAUGGUGAGGAUACAUCUAAUGUUGAGACAAAACUAGAAGAGGAAGAUAUUGAGGGAUUAGAUGGUGAAGGUGAGGAAGAUAUUGAGGGAUUAGAGGUAGGAUCUGAUGGAGGGGAUGAUGAUGAGGAAUGGAGGGUGGUCAAGGAUUAACUCGGGAGUUGGAACAGUAGGAUAGUUGGGAUUGCAAAACAAAUGCAAAAUGAGGUUGCAUUAGGUAAGCUUACUGGACAGUAGAAGCAGAAAGGGGGUGAGCCAAGUGGAGCUGAAGAAACCAACAAUGAUUUCCUAAGUGAAUAUGAAGACACUAAUGAAGAGGCAAAUACACCAAGUUCAAGUGAUGAGGACAGUAUAAUUAAUUAGCAGAAGAAGGAAGGUUAGGGUACAAGUUGUGGAUGAGAACACUGAUUUCAACACUUUGCAAUGGAAGGUUGGCAUUAGGUUGCAAAACAGAGAUAAGUUUAGGGAUACCAUAGUGAGGUUUGUAGUCGCAUAAGGAACUUGUUUAUUGCAGUGAGUGACAAAAAAGAGGGCAGAGGUUAGGAGCAAAGUGUGUAAAAGGUUGUCCUUUUAGGAUCUAUGCAAGUUGGGACAACAACAAAGCAUGUUUUGUAGUUAAGUUAGUCAUAUAUGAGCAUACUUGUAAUAUAAACAUGGAAGCAAAUAGGCAAUUGAAAGCUUCAUGGGUGGCAGAGCAAUUUUUUUGAAGUGUUUAAGAGUAGACCCCAUUGGCCUGCUAUAAGGACAUAAUUGAAACAGUAAGAAGAGCUUACAAAAUUCUUGUGAAGAAGAAUUUGGUCUACAAAGUGAAGUAUUUAUCUCACAAGAAGCUUCGUGGCAGCAUGAAAGACCACUAUAACUAACUUGGGAGAUACUUAAAAGCACUCAAACAAGCUUCACCUAACAGUUGCUUUAAGCUGGAAACUAAUCCAAACUAGGAGAAUUAAUCCUCCUGUUUUCAAAGAUUUUUUUGUAUGUUUUGAUGGUGUAAGAGAUGGUUGGGUUGCUAGGUGUAGAAAAGUAUUGUGUGUAGAUGAGUGCUUCCUAAAAACCUUCUUGGGAGGCAUGCUACUGUCUGCAGUAGGUCGUGAUGCUAAUGACCAAAUGUAUCCUCUAGCCUGGGUAGUUUGUGAAGGGAAAAAUAAUGAGAGUUGGCAUUGGUUCAUCAGCGAGCUAAGGAAAGUCAUUUGAAGCAUUGAUGGUGAAGGCAUUACAAUAAGAUUCUGAUGAAUAUAAGGUAAGCUAUCUUACAUUACUUUGUACUUCCACAUACCUACAUUCAACAUAUCCUAACCAUGUUGUGCAUACUGCUUUAAUGAAUUUGUUGGCAAGGAAUACUCAAUGCAGUUCGUACUAUCUUGCCUGAAGCAGAACACGGACACUAUGCACGCCAUAUCUUUGCACUAUGGCAUAAGAAUUACAAAGGUGAUGAGUUCAAGUGUAUGUUUUGGAAAGCUGUUUGGGCAUACAAUGAGGUAGAUUAUUAGGAUGCACUGGAGAAGAUGGGGAAAGUCAGUCCAAGUGCAGUUGAAGCUUUCAAAGGACAUGAUCCAAAGUGUUUUUGUAGAGCAUUUACAAAUACACUGACUAAGUGUGAUGUUGUUGUGAGCAAUAUGGUAGAAACCUUCAAUAGUUAUAUACUUAGUGCAAGGACAAACAUUUGAGAUUCAUGCUUGAAGACCUUAGGACAUCACUAAUGCAAAGACUCAUUAUUAAGAGAGAAGAGUUGGAGAAGUACAAAGGGAGUAUUUGCCCUAGAAUUCAAGCAAAACUGGAAAAAGAGAAGGAUUGAGCAGCUUCAUGUUAUGUGAUGCCUUCUAGCAAAAUGGUAUUUCAGGUGUCUCAUAGGUUAGACACUCUGACAGUUGAUCUAACUAGGAGAGUGUGUACAUGUAGAAAAUGGAAAUUAACUGGAAUUUCAUGAUGUCAUGUUGUGGCUUGCAUCUUUUUUUGCACCAAGAAGCUGAGACUUAUGUCCAUGAAUGCUACAAGAACGAAACAAACUUGAUGUCAUAUUCAGUUGUCAUUCCCCCAUGUGUUGGGGAAAGGCACUGGCCAAGAGUUGAGUUUCCAAUUGAUCUACCUCUAAUUAAGGUUGGUCCAGGUAGACCAAGGAAGAACAGAAGAAAGGAUCCACAUGAAGAUCCAAAGAAACCUAGAAAGUUAACAAAGUAUAGGACUCAGAUGACUUGUAGCUUGUGCCACUCAACACAACACAACACAACACAACAAAAGAAGGUAUCCUGAAAAAGGUAAAGAAGUCCAACCACAACCAAAAAGAGGCAGAGGCAGGCCAAAGAAUGUUGCACAUGGAUCAAUGGAUGACUCUCAUGCUAUGAGCUUUGACCACCACAAUCUCUCAGCACAACCCACACUCACUGGCAAAGGAGGGAGAGUUCUGUACAGAGGAACAGACAGCAGGGGUGCUAGCACCAGUAGGGGUGCAUUCACAAGCAGAGGUGCUAGCAGCAACAUAGGAGGUGACAGGGGAGCUAGCACAAGCAAAGGUGGGAGUGGUGCAUCAACCACCACAAACAGAGGUGGGAGGGGUGCAUCAAACACCACAAGCAGAGGUGGGAAGGGUGCAUCAGCCAGCAACAUCAAGGGUACUAAGUUGGCAAAGGGAAUUGGAGUGAGUACUAGCACUAUUGCAGGUCAUAUGAACAUCACUCAUCAAAAUUAAUCAGUUCAUGUGGAGAAAUUCAAGU